UUACAACUACAGAUAAAGGUCAUGAUGAAGUGAUGCAACUAGCCUGUAAGCUAGCCGGUAAACUGAGGAUAUAACCGUCCAGGAGGAUCAACUCUAUCAGAGAAGAAUAUGAAUUAUACGGACAUAUAACCAAGCUUCGUAUUUACUAUGAUGAUGCUGUGUUUGGGUGUGAAUGUGAGGAGGACGUCUCAGUCUUUACAGAAGCUGUGCAUCUUCUCCCUGCUACACAUGAGACAUCGGUCCUAUCAUUGCCCUGUGCAGUCGUGGAGGAGAGGUCAACACAGCGGUACCGUUCGCUGCCUCUCUACUGGACCAGCUUCACCUGCUCCUCCCACACUAACUGACUCCUCUGAGUGCACUGAACCAGAACCCAGCCAGACGACCUCUGCCUGGUCUCCUGACCAGGGUCCGCCGCCGGCUCCCACCCACUGCUGCAUGAGUGGCUGUCAUAACUGUGUGUGGAUCGAACAUGCGGAGCAGCUGCUGGAGUACUACCACGACGGAGGCGACCGGGCGCUCGAUGCUAUUGAGGAGAACGUCCUCGAUGAGAACCUUAAAACCUACUUAAAGAUGGAGAUUAGACUCUUAAAAAAGACAUGAUUGAAGUAUUUACUGCCCGUGGCUUCGACCACAGUGUCAACAUGGAAUGAGUGUUGUGAGAAUCUUGUUAGCAUUUUAUAACACACUCCAGUUACUGAUGUUGCCUCCACAUUUUCACUUCCUCCUCCAGUAGGUCACACAGUUCAUGUCUGCAGAACAUUUCAGAAAACUGACACAAGCUACCAAUUAUUUUUGGGCCUCAUUAGAAAAUCUAUUUGGUGUAUUUUCUUCAGUUUUACAGCUUGACUCUGUAUCUUCAUAGUUCGUUGAUUCUUUGUCAUGUUCCUUUAGUCAUGAAGCACAUUUGCACAUUUGUUUUAUUUAUCAGAAGUUUGAACUAAAGUGUUAAAUGUAUAUUUUUUAAUGUGUUUACUGAUCAUUUGCUUCAUUAUAUUUAAGACUAUUUUUGAUUAUAUAUUUUAAAUUUAUUUUAAGAGUUGUUUGUUAAAUAAAUGUUCUCUCUGAGAUGACAUGAACCGCUUUGAGAACUGGCAUCACUUCAGCACAAUGAAAGGCCACCAGGGAGCGCCAGAUAAUAUAAUGCUGUCUGUCUGUCUGUCUGCUCUCAUGAGGAUAAAAUGUUUUGGCUGAUCCUCUUAACCUGUUAAUUUCAUCAUCAUCAUAUGUGGAUUUAUCCAACAAGCCCAACCAGCUCCUUUAACCGCCUUUAACCCUCGGAGACCCACAAUAGAGACGUUUCUAUGUCCA